CCGGGAGCACACGGGGAGCGGGGCCGGGGAAGUCGCGCCCCACCCGCCGGCGGGCCUCCGGCGCGGGGAGACCGCCAGAGGGCGCUGUGGCUGCAGAGGGGACGCUCCGCCCGCGCUGCCGCCGUCUCGGUGUCCGCCGUGACCCUCACCCCCAGCCACGUGACCGCCGGGGCGGAAGCGGCUGCGGGGACAUGGCCAAGUACCUGGCACAGAUCAUCCUGGUGGGGGCCCAGGUGGUGGGACGGGCCUUCAUGCGGGCGCUGCGCCAGGAGUUUGCAGCGAGCCAGGCCGCAGCCGACGCGCGGGGCCGCGCCGAGAGGCCCCAGUCCGCCGCCGCCUCCAGGAUCAUCGGCAUCAGCCUCCAGGAGGCCCAGCAGAUCCUCAACGUCUCCAGCCUCAACCCUGAGGAGAUCCAGAAGAACUACGACCACUUGUUCAAGGUGAACGACAAAUCAGUGGGAGGCUCCUUCUACCUGCAGUCCAAGGUGGUGCGAGCCAAGGAGCGGCUGGACGAGGAGCUGCGCAUCCAGGCCAAGGGAGACAAGGAGAAGGGGCGGAAAGCUGAGACGUGACUCCUGCCACCCCUGCCCCCCGUGCCCCCCACCCUUAACUUAUAGGUAGCCAAUAAACACCGUGUCCUCCAGCACUGGCCUGGCUGCUCCACACCCGGGGAGGGAGCGGGGACCUGCCUGCCCAGCGCUGCCCUGCGGGGAUCGGCCCCUGCGAGGGGCUGCACUUGCCCAGGGGAGCAGGAGGAGGAGGAGGAGGAGGCAGCUGGGGAAGAAGGGGUGUCCCUAGGGCAUUGAGGCUGCCAGGGCUCAAAUGGCACUGGGGGAGGCUGCAGGAGCUAUUUUUGGUGGGGAGGUUGGAUGCUCUUGGAUGGAGUGCACGGCUACCUCUGGCUCCAUACCCUGGGAGUGCUGUGCUGUUACCUUCUUCCAGUGUGGAUGGCUGCUGGCUCAGGGUGAGGGGCUGUGAGGGGACACCCCCUGGCUGUCCCCACCUGCAGCUCACCCCCCAGAUGCUGGCAGGCUUUCACUGAUGCCAAGGCUGCCUGAGCAGAAGUGUGGGGACACAGCUCUGGGGGUCAGGCAGGGCCAGCCAUGUCCCCAAGGUCACACCUGUCCUCCCCCCGCACCCCUCUGUCCCCAGCACGGGCUCCUUGCCGUUGGCACCACGGACUGAAACAGGAACUUACUUCAACUUCACUUUAUUGUUUUCUUAAUAAACUUCCUCUCCCCUGGACGAA